AUGUUUGUGAAAAAUGUCAGCACGACCUCCUGGAUUACUCUUCCCAGGUCAAAUUCCAGGGAGCAACAAGAUGUCAACUAUACAAGACCAUGCUUGCAGUUGGCAACAACACAUGAAAGAGACGCAGCAGGAUCUGAACGGAUGGUAUCAACCUUAAUACCGAGGCAAUAUCCCAAACUGUAUCUGACAGAGGGAGAACUGCUCAGUGACGGUUCAUUCCUGCACAGUAAGGACAUGGCGGAUGGUUUGUUUUCAACAGUAAGUAUCAUUGGUGACCGAUCAUUAUUUUCCCUUGGCGAAAGCAUCAAAGUACAAAUUGACUUACUCAAGGGAAAUAAUGACCGAAAACAUAUUGGCGGUGAUUAUAUCAGAUUGUGGAUGGAAGAUCAAAACAAUGGCGCCUUUGUUUCCGGUAACGUCAUUGACCACAGGAACGGAAGUUACACUGGUGUUUUGAAGGCAUUGUGGGUAGGACAGGCGAUCAUCCGGGUGUUUCUAGCCGGGACAAGGGAAGAGAUCCUCCUGUAUUAUAAACUGUACGAGCUGUACUCCAGCAUGUGGACCAUCAAGGCAGGAUUUGUAGCUGGGAACAUCUCAGAAAGGACACAGUGUUCCACUGUGGCAUUUGACGGUGACAUGUGUAAUAUGACAUCACAGAACGGUGGUUUACCCUGGUUCUGUAAGAAACCAUUAAAUAUACACCUGGCAUGUGAAACCUGGAGGACUACUUCGUCUAAGGUGAAAGCAGAUUUCUAUCUGGAUCCUAACGAAAAGGACAUUUAUGAAAUGUAA